GCCGAGGUGGCGGCGGCAGCGGAUGCCGCGGCGGGCUGCUGUCAAGGCGCUCCGGCCGUUCUCAGUGCGCCGGCAACGUUGCCAUCAGAACUGGCUCUCGAGCUUAGCAACGUAACUGCCGAUUACAGUGAAGCCGAUAGCUCUGGCGAUACCUCUAGAAAUUCGGAAAUCUUUAAGCGCAGUGUUACACGUUCCGUUCGCAUUGCAACACCCGCGAGUUGCUCGCCACAGCCAACAAUUGUGGAACUGAAGCCGGUGCCCGAGGUCGGGGAGCAUACCGCAGCGCUGGUCACCUAUCAGCCGGCCUGCACGCGCGUCCAGCGCUGCAACGGCUGUUGCGGCUCCACACUGAUCUCCUGCCAGCCGACGCAGACGGAGAUCCUGCAGCUGCGCGUGAAUAAGGUGGAGAGAACGGGCUCGAGCAUCAAGCGGAGUCACGCCAUUGUCGAGGUGGAGCAGCAUUUGGCCUGCAAAUGCGAUUGCAGGAUCAAGGAGAGCGACUGCAAUGCCUAUCAGCUGUACGAUAAGAGUCUGUGCCGCUGCCAGUGCCAGAAUACGGAUGCACGUGACAAAUGCCUAAAGCAACAGGAGCAGAAGUAUUGGGACGAUGCGAACUGUACCUGCGCCUGCCGAUACAUUCAGAACUGCACCACCGGCACCUACUUCGAUGAGACGGCCUGCAAAUGCUCCGAUUCAGCGCCUACUGAAGUGUUCGAUCGCAAGCGUUUCAUCGUGCAGGCCGUUGCCGUGGAGACCGACAAUACGACCAUCUAUGAGGUCUAAGCAGUAAACAUCAGCCGAUUGGUGCUAAUAUGGAUCUGCUGGCCGUGCUUACGGCGUUACGUACUGAAGAUUCUUAACACAAAUUUAUUAUGCAAUUUAUUGUAUUAUUUAUAAACAUUACUUAAGCAUCAGCACACACAUUUACCAAUUUCCAUCAAGUUGAAGAUACUUUUUCAGUAUUUUAUGUAAAGCAUGUUUUUUGUGAACUUAUUUUGUGUUUAUUUUUUUUAUAGUUCCAAAAUUUCAUUGCAAAUCAGUCUUAAAUUUUAAAAAUGCCGCUAAAUACGUAUGAGAGAUAACAAUUAAGUUUGCAGGCAAAAAAUGUCCAUGUUAAAAGUUGCAGCUCAUUUACAUGUUUGUAUGAUUAGUGUUAAGUUACAUUUUCACCGUUAUGUUCCAAAAAAACAAGUAAUAAUAGUUGUAUAAUUAAUAAUAAAAAACAUCACGAUAA